UGUAGCAAUCCGAUUCAUCACCUCGCCAUCCGAGACCCAAUCUACUUAAGUGUAUAGGCUGUAUGCUGAGGCUUUGCUCUCGUCCUACUCAAACGACUUUAGCGUCUCGCUCAUAUCAGAAGCUACACCCGCGGUUCUACUCUCCCAGCAUGUCACUCAAGCGCAAAGACCCUCCGACCUCCUCUACCACUGAUGACGCAAAGAAACCCAAGAAGAACGCCGACUUGACCUCUUUCUUCGGCCCUCCCAAAGCCAAGCCAGCCACGAACGGUGCUUCUCUCCCUUCUUCGACUAAUGGAAACGGUGCUGGCGUCGAUCCGGUGCCGGUUAAGUUCGACAAGGACAAAUGGGCUGCAGGCCUGAACGAGGAGCAGAGGAAACUACUCAAACUCGAAAUCGACACGUUGGAUGCAAGCUGGCUGGCCCAGUUGAAAGACGAGGUCACAUCACGCGAGUUUUUGGACUUGAAGCGGUUCCUGCAGAAAGAGAUCGAUUCCAAGCAGAAAAUCUACCCGCCUUUGGAAGAUGUGUACAGUUGGUCCCGCCACUGCCCUCUGCACAAAGUCCGCGUCGUCAUCCUCGGACAAGACCCGUACCACGGGCACAACCAAGCCCACGGCCUCUGCUUCUCCGUGCGGCCUCCGACGCCGGCACCCCCGAGCUUGAAGAACAUCUACACGGCCAUCAAGAAGGAGUACCCCGGUUUCAACCCGCCCCCGAAGAACGGCGGACUCCUGACCCCGUGGGCUGACCAGGGCGUGCUGCUGCUGAACACGUGUCUCACCGUGCGCGCGGGCGAGGCAAACUCACACUCGAAGCGCGGCUGGGAGAGAUUCACGCAAAAGGUCAUCGACACGGUCGUCAAACUGCGCACUCGCGGCGUCGUCUUUCUCGCGUGGGGCAGCCCGGCCCAAAAGCGCUGCGAGAAGAUCACGGGCGCGAGACAUCUCGUGCUGAAGAGCGUGCAUCCGAGCCCGCUCAGUGCGCACAAGGGCUUCUUCGAGUGCGGGCAUUUUAGAAAGACGAACGACUGGCUCCAGAGCCGGUAUGGCGCGGAAGGUGUAAUCGAUUGGGAUUUGACGCAUCCGAAGCCGAUCAAGGGGCCCGAGCCGGACGUGCAGGAGCCCGUCAAGGUUACGGACAGUCAGGAGAAGACAGCGGACGAAGAUGGGCCGGUGACCGAGUUGCCAGAGCGGAAGGACGGGGUGGCAAUUGUAGAACAGGAGGAGUUUGACGGAGAGGACGACGAGGAUGCGAUUGCGGCGUUGGAGGACGUUGCUAGGUCUGAGGCUGCGGCCGAGGCUGGAGGGAAGGGUGCUUCAUGAAGGCUCUUAAGGGAUAGCCUUACAUGGUCUCGAGAAGAUGAGAAGACUUGUAACAUUAUCAACAAAAGUUCAGGGAAUAUCGCGGGUUCCAUCAACUCGUUGGAGUCCACGGAGAAUUUCUGCGUUUCAAGCCAGCCGCUGUUGGAUGUUGGAUGCUGGGUCUCGUUCUGGUUGCGGUUGGGAGUUCCGGAUCUUUGUGUGUAUGGCAAUGGAAUGGCUGGCAUGUAUGAGAAAGGGAUCCAGGUAGAUUGCUUGCUCGAUAAUCAUAUACUGCACGCCAGGAAGUCGAUCUGGAG